AUCAGGCCCAUGUGUUGCGCUGAAAAACCGGUCGAUACGAUACCUGGCUAACGCUUUAGAAAGCUGUUAUUUAAGAGUUUCGCUUCUGAAUGUUUGGUCAUUAGAGUAACCAACGUUUCGAAGAUGCUGAAGGAAGCGCUGGAGGGGCAAGUUACAGUUGUCUGUAACGCCAUCGCUGCCUCCGUGCAGUUCCAGGUGGAGCCAGUGGGUCGCUGGUUCGAGGCGUUCCUGAAGCGCAGGGACAGGAAUGUGUCCGCCUCAUUCCAGGAGCUGGAGGAGGAAGAGGAGCUGUCGGAGGAGUCUGAGGAUGAGGAGCUGCAGCUGGAGGAGUACCCCAUGCUCAAGACACUGGAUCCCAAGGACUGGAAGAAUCAGGAUCACUAUGCAGUCCUUGGACUGGGUCACAUGAGAUACAAGGCUACGCAGAAACAAAUCAAAGCUGCCCACAAAGCAAUGGUUUUAAAGCAUCACCCAGACAAGAGGAAAGCUGCCGGCGAGCAGAUUGUGGAAGGAGACAAUGAUUACUUCACCUGCAUCACUAAAGCUAUCGAGAUCCUGUCGGACCCGGUGAAAAGGAGAGCUUUUGACAGUGUGGAUCCCACCUUUGACAACACUGUUCCCUCCAAGAGCGAAGGCAAGGAGAACUUCUUUGAGGUGUUUGCCCCCGUGUUUGAGAGGAAUGCCAGAUGGACAACCAAAAAACACAUCCCUAAGCUUGGGACAAUGGAUUCCACAUUUGAAGAGGUGGAUAAUUUUUAUUCUUUCUGGUAUAACUUUGAUUCUUGGAGAGAAUUUUCAUACUUGGAUGAGGAAGAGAAGGAAAAGGCAGAAUGCCGUGAUGAGAGGAGAUGGAUCGAGAAGCAGAACCGAGCCUCACGAGCCCAGAGGAAGAAAGAGGAGAUGAACAGAAUACGGACCCUUGUUGACACGGCGUACAGCUGUGAUCCCAGGAUAAAGAAGUUCAAGGAGGAUGAGAAAGCGAGGAAGGAGUCUGAGAAGAAAGCCAAGGCGGAGGCCAAGAGGAGGGAGCAGGAGGAAAAAGAACGAGCCAGGCAGGCGGAGCUGGAGGCGGUGCGUCUGGCCAAAGAGAAGGAAGAGGAGGAGGCCAAGCAAGCCGCGCAGCAGGCCAAGAAGGAGAAGGAGAUCCAGAAGAAGGCCAUCAAGAAGGAGCGGCAGAAACUCAGGACCACCUGCAAGAACUGGAAUUACUUCGCCGACAGUGAAGCUGAGAGUGUGAAAAUGAUGGAAGAAGUGGAAAAACUCUGCGAUCGUCUGGAGCUGGCAGGCCUGCAGUCUUUGAACGAAGUGCUGGCCUCAGGCUCUAAGGAGGAAAACAAAGCUGCGGUGGAAAAGCAGGUGCAGGAGGUGAAUGCGCAGCUGCAGAGGGAGAAGGAGGCGGAGGUGCAGGCCCGGCAGGCGUCGCGCAGUGCGGAGCAGGCCAGCAGCGGCUCGGGGGGCGGAAACAAGGGCUGGAACGAGGAGGAGCUGCAGCUGCUCAUCAAAGCUGUCAACCUCUUCCCUGCAGGAACAAACGCCAGGUGGGAGGUUAUUGCCAACUACAUGAAUUUGCACUCUACCAGUGGCAUUAAAAGGAAUGCCAAGGACGUCAUUAAUAAAGCCAAGAAUUUGCAAAAGCUCGAUCCUCAUCAGAAAGACGAAAUCAACAGGAAAGCGUUUGAGAAGUUCAAGAAGGAGCACACGGCCGUGCCCCCCUCCGUGGACAACGCGGUGCCUUCAGAGAGAUUCGAGGCGUCAGGUGCUGAGGCUAACGCAGCUUCCUGGACGACGGAGGAGCAGAAGCUGUUGGAGCAGGCCCUGAAGACCUUCCCGGUCAGCACUCCAGAGAGGUGGGAGAAGAUCGCUGCCGUUGUCCCGGGACGCACCAAGAAAGACUGUAUGAAGAGGUACAAGGAGCUGGUGGAGAUGGUGAAGGCCAAGAAGGCAGCUCAAGAGCAGGUGGCUACAAAGAGUAAAAAAUGACCCGUAUAGGCGAC